GGACAAGGACGAAAGCGAUAGGGGCUGGUGGCGCUUCCCCACCCAUCUGACAAGAAGAGAGUUCCGGGUUCUUUCCAGCCGAGCUGCUCGCUACUCCUGCGUACGGCGGGACCAUGUCUCUUUUACUAGAUAACCAAUUCAAAGACCUGCCUCCUGACAAGUCGAUAGAUACAAAGUUGUUCCUGGAGGCUGUCUCUCAUAUUCCUUCUUUUUUUGAUUGCUUGGGAUCAAAAGUGUUUUCAGUCAUCAAAUCGGACAUUAAUGGCAAUAUAAUUAAAAUCAAAGCAGUAUAUCUUAAAGAUCCUGCGAAGUACACCACCCUGCAGGACAUUCUGGUGGCAGAGCGAGAAGACCACGCAGCAGAAUGGCCUAAAGUUGGAGCGACAUUAGCUCUGAUGUGGCUGAAAAGGGGUCUCUAUUUCAUACAGAUUCUCUUGCAGAGUUUGGCAGAUGGAGAAAGGGAUGAGAACAACCCCAACCUAAUUCGGGUUAAUAUCACAAAAGCUUAUGAACAGGCGCUGAAGAAAUACCACGGCUGGAUUGUUCAAAAGAUUUUCACAGCAGCAUUACAUGCAGCUCCCUACAGAUCAAACUUCCUCAAGGCUCUGUCAAAAGGAGAGGAAGUGGAAGAGGAGGACUGUCUGGCAAAUGUGCGUCAGUUCCUGGUUAAUUACACCAGCACAGUAAAUGCCAUCUAUGAGAUGUACACAAAUCUGAACGCAGAACUGGACUACACCGUUUGAUGUCCCAGGAAAUAACUGGACUGGGUGUGUGAUAGUUUCCUACAAAUCCAGCUUUCAGCGAUGGUUUUUAAUAGGAUUGUUUCCUUUCAGUGUGGUAUUUAUUGCUUUGAUUAUGCCUUAAUAGAUAAUAACACUGUAUAUUUGAUCUUAAAAUUAUGCAAAUGCCUUAAAUUUAAACAAAUAUCACAGAAGGUUAUGUUUUUGUUUAAAAUUUUUAAUUUGAAGUCAUUGAAGGACUGUUACAGCAACCGUGCAGCUUUUACUCUUAUGCAGAAUGAUAGUUAUUGUGUGUGUUGCUGUUUUAUUUAUGACAACAGGUGGCUCCCAUCAAGACAAGAAUACAAGACUGUAAACACUGUUAAUGCCUCACAUUCAGAAGUUCUCUGCAUCCUGAGCCCUGGAGUUACCUCCACUGUUAACCUGGGAGCAGCAGCCCCAGUAGUAGUUUUACAUUUUUACGACCCAUUUACUCAUGUAUUAAUAGCUGAAAUCCACUUAGUGCCUUGGUUUUACUGAACACGUACAUAAUAUUUUCAGCUCAGAAUUAAUCUAUUGCAAUGCUAUUUCACCUACAAAAAUUAGCCGAGCCAGAACUGUUUUCUGAGGGCUUCACCUGUUUGAAGUUUGUGGUGUGUCUGUGUUGAAUAACAAGGUGUGAUCAGCUUUUUGUAUUGUAAUGUGGCUUAUUCUGUUCCAGUUAAUAUCUGAAGUAACCAAAUGUCUUUACACAAACAUAAUGUCAAUAAAUAUUUUUAAUUUCA